GCUCCGUACCGCGUGUUGGAGUGGUUGCAGAUCACCCGGCUCCGUGCUCACCGAUUUUCCACCGACUAGUCGCAACUUCUACGUCAUCAUCAUGGCAAUGCGUAGCGCGAUUCUGAUACCCAGAAGUGUGCAAGUUCUGGGGGCCAGAUCUCAGUCCGUAUUCUCCCAUGUGGAAAUGGGGCCCCCGGAUGCCAUCCUCGGUGUUACCGAAGCUUUCAAGAAGGAUACCAACCCCAAAAAAAUGAACCUUGGCGUCGGCGCUUAUCGGGACGACGAGGGGAAGCCAUUCGUCCUGCCAUCGGUUCGCCAGGCCGAACAGAAACUCGCGGAGCAGAAACACGACAAGGAGUAUCUUCCGAUCGGUGGUCUCCCGGCAUUCUGCGAAAAUGCCGCAAAGCUCGCAUUGGGGAAAGAUUCGUUCGUAAUAAAAACUGGUCGUAACGCUACAGUCCAGGGCAUUUCAGGGACUGGAGCGUUGCGUAUAGGAGCUGCGUUCCUCGAGAAGCAUCUGAAGGGAAACAAAACUGUGUACAUGCCGAACCCCACAUGGGGCAACCAUAUUCCGCUGUUCAAACACUGCAACUUCGAGGUCAAGCAGUACCGUUACUAUCAGCCGAAGACUUGCGGCUUGGAUCUUCAGGGCGCUCUCGAGGACAUUUCGAAGAUCCCGGAGGGAUCCGUGAUCCUCCUCCACGCGUGCGCACACAACCCGACCGGAGUCGAUCCCUCAGCAUCUGAAUGGCUCGAGAUCGAGAAAGUUGUCCGCAAGAGAAAUCUGUUCCCUUUCUUGGAUAUGGCGUACCAAGGCUUCGCGACCGGCGACAUCGAUCGCGAUGCAAGCGCGGUGCGGAUAUUCUCGCAGAGCGGUCCCAUGUGUCUGGCUCAAUCUUUUGCCAAGAACAUGGGUCUGUACGGAGAGCGCGUUGGCGCCUUCAGUCUUCUCUGCGAUUCAAAAGAGGAGGCAGAAAGAUGCAUGAGUCAAAUCAAGAUCCUCAUCCGACCUAUGUACUCGAACCCUCCGGUCCACGGAGCUCGAAUCGCCAACCUCAUUUUGUCAGAUCCUGACCUCUACGCGCAGUGGUUGGCGGAUGUGAAGCUGAUGGCCGGCCGCAUCAUCUCGAUGCGAGAACGUCUCCAGCAAGGUCUCAAGAACGAGGGAAGUACCAGAAACUGGCAGCACAUCGUCAAUCAGAUCGGCAUGUUCUGUUUCACCGGCAUGAAACCCCAUCAGGUCGAGAAACUCACUAAAGACUAUUCCGUGUAUCUCACGAAGGACGGUCGAAUUUCCGUCGCCGGGAUUUCCUCGAAUAACGUCGACUACCUCGCCCACGCUAUCCACAACUGUACCAAAGACUAGGCGUCCGUCGUGGGACGGAAUUCAGGACAAAUUUUACAGAACCAAUAAAAGCUAAUAUAUGGAUUCAA